AUGGAUAGUCCAGUCACAAUAUUUUCAUUUGUUGGAAGUAGUGCCACUGGUUUCGCCCUUUACCAACUCGUACCCUUGCUUUCGCAGUUGAAGAAGAAAUACAUCCAAUACCAGCAAAUCAAUGAAUUUACGCCCACCUCUCUGCUGAAUUACUUCAAUCAAACUCAGCAAACCACAGUUGAAGCCUUCAUUGCAGGAGAAUUGAUAUCUGAUAGUCCAAUCAUCUCAAAGGUCCCUCUCAUUAUAAGUGAAAAGAAAAUCUAUUACGUUUAUGAAAAUGGCAUAAAAAAGCUAAUCAAAAUCAUCCAACAUGGUGCAUCUUAAUUAAGUGUUGCUGACUAUUACAAUAGAAUUGAAAUAUGGAAAAACUCAACUCUUAAUUACCAAUUUUCCAUGAGUCAUAUCUGGGAUCGCUUUCUACCAAAACAACUAAGUUUCUUUUAAAGAUUUGCAAAUUUCAUCCUCAAAACAUUGAAUUAAAUCAAAACAAGAAGACUAUUUCUCAAAGGCUUUUAUACUGGAUAACUGGAAAGGGAAUACGGUAUCAUAGCAAGGGAAUUCUAUGUAUUAUAUGGUGAAGUUAUACUAGAUAAAAAGCUAAAUAAGAUGUUCCUCUAAAAUCCAAAAUUCAUUCUCAAAAGCAAGAAACAAUUGUUAUAGAUAAUAUAAUAAUAGAUUAAAUAUAAGAGAUUAACAAUAGCAAUUCUAGUUGUUAUAUUUACUAUUUGGACAUAUAUUUUUGGUUGUAAUGUUAAAAAUUUGAUUUUUAAAAUUCUUAAAGAGAGAGAGAAAGCAAGAUUAGAUAAGUUAAGAGGCUAAAAAUACUUAGAAAUUGAUAAUUAUGAGUGCCAGAUUUGUUAUGAAAGACCACGAAACAUCAUUAUUAAACCUUGCAAACAUCUGACCUUGUGUCAUGAAUGUAUAUAAAGACUUAAGUAAUAAAAAUGUCCCAUUUGUAAAUAAUAGAUUGAGGAUUAAAUUGAAAUCUUUUUUACUUGA